GCUUGCCUACCUUAUACAAGGCUGCGUGCCGUUCGUUCUUUAAGCACCAGCCGUCUAGCCAUUCGUCAUACCCGCGUCUUGUACAUAUCGCGCUUUGACCUUCGUGCCUUCGUUCCUUACACUGCAAACAUGCUCCUUUUCCGUAACGCGUUCCUCCCCGCGCUCUCUGCAGCUGCCAUCCUAGCUGCCCUGGUGCCUUGCGCUUCCGCCGCCCCCUGGUGGCCGAUGCACUUCGUCAUGGUGGAGGAGCCGCCCAGCUCGCUGGAUGCACUGUCCACCCUUUUGGCUGCGUCGCCCACCCUGCAGUCCACCUGGCUAGCGCAGACUACCGCCGUGCUAGAGGUGCCGUCAGCAGACAUACCCUCCCUGUCAUCUGUGUAUAGCCCUGUCGAAACCACGCCUGCGGUGGGAGACGCGGACAUACCAGACCUGAUACCUUCGGAUAUUAGCUCGGACACGAGUGUCCUUGUCCCACAGCCAUCGAGUUCUACUGGGGGUGCGCCAGAAGGCCUGUCGGCCAACCAGAGCAAUGGCGCCGUCAUCACAUCUCCCAGACGUGGCGGAGCAGCGCUGCUUUCUGUAUGCGCCCUGAGCGCGCUUUACCAGGACCCCGGAAAGUCCCCCCAGAGGUCCGAUCCCUCAAAACCCCGAAAAUGAUACCUCGCGCUCUGAGGAACGCAAGCCAUGAUGCUGCCUCGCUCCUUGUACUGUCACUCUGUAUUUCAGCACACCACCCGAUGGGCCCAGAGCCCACUGUCCAGUCCUUACGCGAUAACUUACUGGUAUCUAUCGCGACCACCUACCUCGCUGUUUGUCCUGUAGCAUAGCUCGUCACCCGCAUCUGUCGUUGUUGUAUCGCAUUGCUAUCUGAUUCGCUCGC